UCAUUCCGUCCCCAGCACUGUCAUCCAGCCACCUCAGACAGUGUCUCCUUACUCUUUUACUCCAUCUUCUUCAUCUAAACCCGCCAUGGGAUGGAUAUUUCUGCUUUUUAUCAACGGAGCUUUGGCAAAAUCACACCAAAGUGCAACCAUCCUUUGUUCGGAUGUCUUUUUAAAUAUUAACAAGUUGUCAUGUCAUCUCUGACAGGAGGAGGUGAAACAUUUGCAACCUCGGUCAGGGGAAAACGUUGCGAACAUCACUGUGAAUCCUCAAGAGUUUGUGCAACUAUUAAAGACAAUCCGAAAGAGCGCCCCACACCCGAGGGUGCAGGGGGGUUCAGGAGCAUGUACCACCAAAGAGCAGACGCCGUCCCGUCCUACAAGUCUCUCCCUGGUUCCGUGGGGGAACGAAUCAUGUCCUUUGGUGGAACUCUGCACAGAAACACUAAUCCCGGACUCGGAAGGUCCGGGAGGAAAGAUGCAUGCUGUGAAAGAUGCUCGGCCACUCUUGUGGCUCUGAAGAAACAAGCUCUCAGCCUGUCUGUGCAUCAUCAUUUCUCCUGCAAGGAAACAAGCGACCUGUCUGCAUUUCUUCAUGACAACCUCCGUGUCCACAGCCGCUCCACUACAGAGUCCAGGGACCGAUGCAGGGAUCAAGGCGAGUGUUCCGCUUGUGGCACAAAACUGAACCAUCUCAAACAAGAGGCGGUCCACCUGGCUCUGAACAGGGGUCCGUCAUCCAGCACCAGGACUGCCACACUGCUGGGACACGGCAACACAAAACUCGGGGAUAGGUCUGCCUCACAACCACAUAGCUUGAAUCACAGCCCUCAGAGUCCCAGGACACCUCGGAGUCCCAGGACACCUCAGAGGACCCCACAAACUCUCAGACAAAGGGUCCCCAACCAGGAUAUGGACCGCUGGGUUGAGGAGCAGCAACAGCAGCAUAAUCGUGGGUCUUCUUUGACUGAUGGUGUCACCGUCUAUGCACACAACCAGGCGUCAGACAACGCCGUGUUACGCUGUACCGAUGUUGUGCACGCGAGCUCCAAGAUACCGCACCUCUCCAGGGUGGUCACCAUUGCAAACACUGCCGCCAUGUCCUUCCUGGCCAGGGCAGCAGAGAAGCUCAACCUGACACUGAGGAAAAAAGGCCAGGCUUCCGAUGCAGCUGCUGCUCAUCUUUCCAACGGAUUCAAGGAUAUCAUCCAGAAAAAUCCACCGCCUGUCCCCUCCUGCCUGCUCCAAGCUGCCACCAGAACCAAAGACUCGCCCAAUGUUGGCAAGGUGAAAGUGGUGUUGAGGGUGAACCCGUCAACGAACGAGGGCCAACCUCCAGUCCUCCACGUUGACCCGUGCAAGAAAAGAGCCAUUUUAUUAGAGCCGGUGCGCCAAAGCUCACCGCGCACGAGGACCGCAUCCAGCAAGGAUCUCCUGAAGGCUUUUCAUUACGACGCUGUCUACCCGCAAGACUCGAGUCAGACUGAGGUGUGUGCAGGCGUCUUGGCUGAUGUCAUCCGCUGCGUGCUCAGCGGCAGCGAUGGAUGCGUGCUGGGCCUGGGCUGCGCCGAUGUGGGUUCCUGGUCCAGCAUGGUGGGGAAUGCUGAGAGCAUCCAGAAGCUGGGCUUGAUUCCGUGCGCCAUCUCCUGGCUGUACAGCGCAAUCGAGAAGCGGAGGGAGAAGACGUGGACGGAUAUGACUGUGUCGGUGUCUGCCGUUGAACUCUGCUGUGGAGAGGAGGACACGUUGAGGGAUCUACUGGGAGAGGUUGCCCCUUCCUUGGGCAGCAUACAAGACAGCCCCAGGGCUCAUAUUCGGCUGCAGGAGGACCCCAUCCAUGGGAUACAGCUCCGGAACCACAAUCGGGUCAAGGCCCUUACUGCCGAGCGUGCUGCCUCCCUCCUCGAUGUGGCCAUUGCGGCACGACGGCACAAUGACUUCACCACUUUCUUGUCCCACAGCUCCAUAAUGUUCUUCACUCUCCACGUCCAACCCCCUCGCACGGAAAGCAGCACCAUGGGGAAAGGUUCACGUGGCCCAACGAAGCUGACCAUGAUUGAUGUCUGUAGUGGUAUGAAAGGUGGUGUUGGAUACAUAAAAAACAAGCCUCCGCAUUCUGAACUGGGUCCUGUUGUCUUGUCGCUACUAAGCGGAAAUAAAACUAUCCCCAAAAAGGGAAGUAAGUUAACCAUGCUGCUUCGGGAGUCCUUGAGUCAUGUUAACUGCCACACCGCAGUCGUCGCCCAGGUUGCUAAUUCACUGGCACUCCUGCAAGAAACCACCUCCAUCGUUCAGCUCGCUUCACGCAUCCGCAGGACUCAGAAGAGGACCAAGCAGUCCAGCUCAUGCUCCCCAAGUGGCAGGAGUUUGACUCGACAAAAGAGAGGACCUCCAUCUUUUUCUCUGCGGGCUUUCCACUCCACAGAUGAGGUAGAUGUUGACGUCCAACGUUUUCGCCUACGCGGGGAGCUGGAUGAACACUCCAGUAGCGACCAGUCCUGUGACACAGUCAUCCAGAUAGACUCUGAUGGCUUGAUCCAGCCUCGAGCACCGCCAAGGUUUGCACAACCUGAGUUUGUGCCCAUUAUACCCUCCUUGCACCCCAGCAAGGCUGACAUGGACGACCCAGAGUUUACGGCUUUGCUCCAAGAGCUACUGAAAAUCCCCAAGUUGCAUGGAGAGAACAAGAAAGAAGAUGCUGAAGGACUUACUGAAGGUAUGAAAGCUGAACUGAAGAAGCCAGAGAGGGACUGUCUUAAAUGUGACACGUUCGCGGAACUUCAGGAACGCUUGGGCUGUAUUGAUGGAAGUGAGGAAACAAUGGAUUUGCUGAAGUCCUCCUCCAAAGUUCCUUCCGGUAACACUGUCCCACCCAAACCACAACCUCUGAAAGAGAUGGCUAAUACGGAAUCAUCACAAGCAGCACAGAUGUUGAAGCAGGGGUUUGGCUGCAAUCAGACUGUGGUUCGAGAAAAACAAACAGAUGGUGCCGUCCCUGGGGACAAUUUUCAGAGAGAGGACUCUGGUCUGUAUGACUGCGAGGAGUGCAGUGCAGCCAGUUCAAGCGAGGAGCCGCUGAAUCAAACUCUCAAUCGAAACAUGACUUGCCGCUAUCAGAUACGUAAAACUGGCGUGCAGUCGUCCCAAGAUGUAAAUGUCAAAAGUCAGGGCAUUGCUAAUAACAGUUGCAUUCAGUCUACAGAGAAACAGGAGAAUCACGAAGCAGCUGAUUGGUUCAAAGCAGACAAAAGGACUUCGCCUGUUGGAAAGAGUUUACCUGCAUCUCCUCCAUCCCCUUCCUGCUCCUCUUCAAACCCAGUAGCUGGAGGUGUCAUGGCAGCUAAUCAGCCCACAAAGGAUGCUAAGGAAAUGAAGGCCACUAUCACUGUAACUGUUCAACAGCCGCUGGAUUUGACUGGUCAAGAUGAACUUGUCUUCUCUAUGGUGGAGGAGGUGACCAUUAGUGGAGCUUUGGAUAGUGGCAGGACAGGAGGGAACAUCAUUUGCAUCAAGGACACCGCCCAGUCAUCAGCACACCUUCAGGGGUCUGCUGGCUCCAAACCAAUCCAAAUUAUUAGUAAUAUCAGUAAAGACUCUGCAGCAGCAAGUCCGACCAAUGUGUCUGGGAACACAUUUGUGCAUCCAGGCGAUACCGUGACCGAUACAGAAAAAUUACAGAGUCACUCACGAAGGGAGAGAAUCCUACCGUCGUUUAUAAAUCCCAUGCUGAUGAACCUUGAUGAACAGUGUGAGAUGAAAAAUGCACAACACAAAGAAAGAACUCAGUCUCAUCCUGAGCUCAAAGGGAAUACAACCAAAUGUCCAGAAGCUGCUUCUGAGACAGUACGACAAUAUGACAAGACUUGUAACUCAAUGCUCCUGGAAGAUGCAUCUUGCAGUAAAGCCACUGCAGAAAAUAAACAACAUGCAGACAAGAGCAACCCUCGAGACUGGGAGCAUGUUUCUUCCACAAACCCUCCAAAGUCCUCAUUGAAAGAAGACUAUGCUUGCAGACGUGUUGGGAAUAAUAGGAUCAUCGGUGUGUCUUUAGGUUGCCUGGAAACAGCCUCUGCAUCCUUAAAUACAGGUAGCUUACCUCGAAGCUGGCUAGAUGCCAGCCACCGUGAAAGCCACCAUCACACGGCAGAUGGUUGGAGAGACCCAAGGGGGGUGACAUCAUCCACCCCAUGCAGCCCGGGGGUAACCCUGGAGAGAAGGCGAGGCCAACAGUGUUCCCCAGUGAACCAGAGCUUCCACAUGUCCUCCUCUCUGAAAUAUGAAACAGACUUCAAGCAGGAAGCAAAGAGACCUCUCAGAAAGGGUUUUGGAUCGUUGUUUGAUACCUCACAUGUAGGCAUGAAACAUGAUCAUAUGAGGAGGAUGAUGUCACCCCUGGAGGAGAGUGGAAGGCUUUUCAGUGCAAAAAUGGAUCAACUGAGUAGCAAGACUAGCAAGUCCCUUGGGAGGAACCAAUGUGACUUACCAAGUUUAGAUAGAGGAAGUAGCAACACCUCCCUAAGCUCUAAGGGGAGCUCCAAGAGAAGUUCUGAAGGGGCUUCCAAAGGGGGUCAUAAAGGGAAGAGUGCUGGGGAUUGUACAUUGCCAAGGGCUAGCAGGAGCUCCCGAAAGACUCGGCAAACCAGCCACAGUCAUAACUCUUCUGAAAGUGUAGCUCAAUCCAGGCCGAGCCAUUCGAAGCUUUCUGCUGUGGGGAAACUCAAGAUGGCUUGCCCCAAAGUCCGACGCUUAUCUGCCCCCAGCAUCAAGAACCUCAGUCUUCCCCACAAGGGUCUGCAACAGUCCAUAAACCGCAGUGCCAGUCUCUCCCCGGACAGCAAAAAUGUAAGCUUUGAGAGGACGUCCUCGUUUCUUUCCUCCUCUCCGCCACGCUCAUUUCACUCCAUCAGCAGGACUCCCAGCCAAAGCUCCACGUGCUCGUCCACGAAGUCUGCAAUCCAGGGAUUCACCAACGGACGCAUUUCCGACCUCCUUAAGGAGAGAUCUGACAGCCCCGCUUCAGUCGGACUGGACCAAACGGGCUCGCUUCCGUCUCCGUACAGCCAGGUCACGUCACCUCGCACUCCCCCACACUUGAGCGGACAUGCCAGUGAUGCCACCAGCGUGCUGAGUGGCGAUCUGCCACCAGCAAUGGGUAAAACAUCGCUGUACUUCUCAAACAGAAACAGCACAAUGAGCAGCGGCUACGAUAGCUUGCUGAGGGACAGUGAAGCCACAGCCAGCAGCGCUUCUAACCGAGAUUCUACCAGCGACAGGAGUGGUUCCCUCCUUCGAGAGGCCCACGGCAGUAGAUCAUCUCGGCGGAGAGGCAACACAGGCAGUCAUCCACGCUAUCUUUCCCACGACACACCACUCUCCAUGAGGCAAUCUUCUAACGGCGUGCAAUCUCGCUGGGCGGAUCAUGGAGUCCCAGAGAAUUACGACAUCAAAGUUUAUGAGAUUGACAACAGGCAACGCAUGCAGAGAAAAGCAGGGGGUCGCAUGCUUCAGCGCCAAGCUGCAGUUUUCGGAGGUCAGACAGCAGACGAUCACAGACGUCCAAGCCCUGUCCAAAAACUUGAGGAGAGGCGAGGCCAAACACAAGUCCAUGCAGGAGUACAUCGUGUGGAAUCCAGACUGCGACCUUUGCCGGACUUUCAAGGUGGAUUCUCUGGCGCCCCUGGAGGUCCUUGAGAAACCAGAAGAGCAGCGGCGCUAUUUGAUAGACUCACACUGAAUCACUCCGCUAAAUAGUUCAACCAGGUACACACGGUACAUGUCAUACUGCCCACAUUUUUGUGUGUUUUCACUUCUUAAUACGUAAAAACACCUUUACACCACCUUAGCACUAGUUUUAUCUUCAUCGGAACUUUUUGACGCACUUACAGUGGAGGAUGUUUUCGUAAUUCUGCCCUUUCGACACAUAUUGUGAACUUUAAUGACGAGUUUCGACCAUGGAUGCUGUAUAUUGGUGUAAAUAGAAUAUAUAAUGUACAUAAAUGUGACAUGUCCCUGUUAGUAGACUUGUUCAUCAGUUAUUCAACCUGGAACUUGUGGAAAUUUCUUGAGUAAUUUGGUGUUUUUAAUUAUUUACUUUUUUAAUACAAUGUAUUUAUUUAUUUUAUUUGAUGUAUGACAUUUUUUUAAUUGAUUUCUAUUUUUAAUAUUUGGAAAAUAAAUGUAAAACUUUUCUACAUGACCGAAUUAGGGAUGCUCUGAUCAGGCUGGUGACUUUGUCCGGUGGAUUCAAUCAUUUUUCGGGUUAUUUGCUUAGCAUUCUGACUGUCACGCACAUACGGGUGAGUGUCGGCCACCGUUUUGGCUGCGUCAGCUGGCACUUGACUGUUGAUGACAUCGUGAGCCUCAAAAGCUCACCUUACUAACGUGUAACGUGUGUUACUAAGUGUUUAUUCUUCAAAUGCUGUAUUAAAUUAAAGCUUUUUAACGUGCUAGCCCCUCGAGAUAGGUUUCGUGGCACGUGUUGGCAGGUAAGCUCCUCACGGCAGACAUGAUUGUUUUUGUUUUGGCACGCCUGUGCAGUGUGAAGGAAAGUGGGAGCAGGAGGCUACCCAAGACGCGUCACUGCAUGCGGUGGUAGUUACAGGCUAUGUAUCGGACUGAAAUCGUCCGAUACAGUAGCCGAUGGAUCGGAGCAUCCCUAGACUGAAUCAUACCUGUAUUUGUGUACGUCUGCCAAUAUGUCUGCCAAAACACGCACUAUAAUAAUUUUGUUUUUUAUAGCAUUUCUGUCCUAUUCAAAUGAAUCACGUGUCAACACUCCUUUUUAUGUAUUCAGUUAUUUGUUUUUCAUGGAACCCAAUGAAAAGGAAAUUUUGCCAUAUGCUUUAUUUUCUUCUGGGAAUUUUCUACAUACAUGAUGUUGCUGAACAACAUGCCAAUACAUUUCUUUAAAUAAAGUCUUUUGAAACUAAUGUAAAAAGUAAGGUGGGGCGAUACUGAGAAUUUAUCAAUUACCAGCAACAACAAAAAAAAAAAACACAGAUGCAGCGGUGUGAAAAAGUGUUUGCCCCCGUCCUGAUUUCUUAUUGUUUUGCAUGUUUGUCACGCUUAAAUGUUUCAGAUCAUCAAACUAAUUUAAAUAGGAGUCAAUGAUGACACAACUGAACACAAAAUGCAGUUUUUAAAUUAAACUUUUAAUUAUUAAGGGAGAAAAAAAUCCAAACUUACAUGUCCCUGUGUGAAAAAGCGAUUGCCCCCUAAACCGAAUAACUGGUUGGGCCACCCUUAGCAGCAACAACUACGAUCAAGCGCUUGUGGUAAGUUGCAAUGAGUCUCUUACAGCGCUGUGGAGGAAUUUUGGCCCACUCAUCUUUGCAGAAUUGUUGUAAUUUAGCCACACUGGAGGGUUUUCCAGCAUGAAGCGCCUUUUUAAGGUCAUGACACAGCAUCUCAGUAGGAUUAAGGUCAGGACUUUGACUAGGCCACUCCAAAGUCUUCAUUUUGUUUUUCUUCAGCCAUUCAGAGGUGGACUUGCUGGUGUGUUUUGGAUCAUUGUCCUGCUGCAGAACCCAAGUUGGUUUCAGCUUGAGGUCACGAAGAGAUGGCCGGAAAUUCUCCUUCCGGAUUUUUUAGUAGACAGUAGAAUUCAUGGUUCCAUUUAUCACAGCAAGUCUUCCAGGUCCUGAAGCAGCAAAACAGCCCCAGACCAUCACACUACCACCACCAUAUUUUACUGUUGAUAUGAUGUUCUUUUUCUGAAAUACACCGUUACUGAUACGCCAGAUGUAAUGGGACACACACCUUCCAAAAAGUUCAACUUUUGUCUCGUCAGACCACAGAGUAUUUUCCCAAAGGUCUUGGGGAUCAUCGAGAUGUUUUCUGGCAAAAUUGAGACGAGCCUUAAUGUUGUUUUUGUUCAGCGGUGGCUUUGGUCUUGGAACUCUGCCAUGCAUACCGUUUUUGCCCAGUGUCGUUCUUAUGGUGGAGUCAUGAACACUCAUUUUAACUGAGGCAAGUGAGGCCUGCAGUUCUUUGGAUGUUGGUUGUGGGGUCUUUUGUGACCUCUUGGAUGAGUCGUUGCUGCGCUCUUGGGUAAUUUUGAUUCGCCGGCCACUCCUGGGAAGGUUCACCACUGUUCCAUGUUUUCGCCAUUUGUGGAU